AGCAAUUAAUAACCGUCGGGAGCGCGAAGAGGGAAGUUCGAAUCGCCGCCAUGAAUCCAGCAAAUGCGACGGCGAUGGAAGCCGAAGGUGGAGGAAACGGUGAGGAGUACGAGGUGGGGAAGAUGUACGAGGUGAAGCUGACGACUGGAAUCGAGUUCAAGGGGAUCGUCUUGGCAUACGACUCUGAUCCGCAUGUCGUCAUCUUCCAAGAGGGAACGGCGCCGGAAACCGGUAAAUCGAUGACUACACGGACGGUGAAAACGAACUUCAUAUCCAAGGCUACGUUUCUGGCGAAGUUAAACGAUCCACUCGCUUCGAACAAGAAGAAGCGUUUCGUUGAUCUCAGUGGACUCAAAAAGAAAGAGGCAAUCGCUAUUAGGAAAAUCGAGAGCAUUGGUGUUGGUGUUACUGCAGAGGCGCAGAAGAUCUUCGACGCUUUCUCUAAGACGCAUCGUGUCAAGUGGGAUAACAAAGACAUAGUGAUAAAUGAAGAUGUGCGUAUUUCUAGCCCUUACCAUUCUGAUUGUGUCACUGGAGGAACUCGUGCUGCCAAUGAUCAAAUUAAGAAAGUGCUGAAGAUCGUGAGAGAGAAGAUUCAACGCAGUAGUGACACAUGAUGCAACUGAAGGAGUUGUCCACUGAAAAAACAGCAAAAGGGUAAAGCUGUUACUAUAGUGAAUAAGUGAAUGUAUUUGCUUAUAAUGGUAGAAGAGAUUGAGUGUGGGUGAUGACAAGAACAUAGAGAGAGUUUUGGUGUUUUCUUGUGUAUAUAGCAAAUUAGAAUCCUCUGGACCAAAAAAUCAUACAUGUAUAGAAGAAGCAUACCUAUUCCCUAAUGAGAAGGAAGACAUUUUUACAUUUUCUUUUCAAUACAUUGAAACAGAGAGCUGUAGUGGAUUGAUUUCUUGAUC